CCCCCCCCCCUUUGCAAGAGAUCAGACCGGAUUUUGAACUGUAUAGAAAGAGACCUUGGAGGAAGACUUUUUGGGUCCCGGGACGCCGUAAAGCCGACGGCGGAACCAGAAGCCGAGCAACAAAACAACGGGGGGGGGAGAGAGAAAGGGGAAGAACGCUGAACUCCACCCGCUCCAAGGCGGAGGGGACGAACCUUGCCUUGCCCUCCUCUCUGCCUUCUCAGCAGCGCCGCCAGGAGCUUAGGGGGAGCCGCGGGAGGAUUUUAUGAAGCCAUACCAAAGGGAUAUCUGACAGAGCCCUCCUCCCAUAUGUGCCUUCCCAAUCCUUGAGGUCAUUGGAAGAGGCCCUGUUGUGGGUGCCCUGUCCAUCUAAGGCUUGGAUUUUAAGUGUUCCUUGGGAAACAUCAACAGAUCCAAAAUAUACACCAUGGCAUCACGAAUUGGCUUGAGGAUGCAGCUCAUGCGAGAGCAAGUCCAGCAAGAGGAACAACGGGAGCGCAUGCAGCAACAGGCAAUGAUGCAUUACAUGCAGCAACAGCAGCAAAUGCCAAUGGCUCCAACCCCUGCCAUUAACACACCAGUUCAUUUCCAGUCACCACCACCUGUGCCAGGAGAAGUCUUAAAGGUUCAGUCCUUCCUGGAGAAUCCUACUACGUACCACCUGCAACGGUCACGAGACAAGAAAGUCCAAGAAUACUUGUCUGAAACCUAUGGGAACAAGUUUGCUCCUCUGCUCAGUGCCCCUUCUCCCAAGCCUCCUCCUUCUGCCUCGCCUGGUGUGAGGCCAAGCCAUGUCAUGUCCUCUUCUGCAGGCAACAGCACCCCCAACAGUCCAAUGGCAAUGCUCAACAUUGGCUCCAACCCAGAAAGGGAGAUAGAUGAUGUCAUUGAAGACAUCAUGCAGCUGACAACUACUGUGGGAUGCAUUAAUCCAGAAAUUCAUAUGCCUAAUACUCUACCACUGUCCAGCAGCCAUAUGAAUGUGUACAGCAGUGAUCUUCAGAUGACACCCUCUCUGGUGGGCAUCACCAGCAGUUCCUGCCCUGCAGAUCUAACUCAGAAGAGAGAGCUCACAGAUGCCGAGAACCGUGCUUUGGCCAAGGAGCGCCAAAAGAAGGACAAUCACAAUCUGAUUGAAAGAAGACGAAGGUUCAACAUCAACGAUCGCAUUAAGGAACUAGGAAUGCUGAUCCCCAAAGCUGGAGACUUGGAUGUGCGCUGGAACAAGGGGACAAUCCUGAAAGCCUCUGUUGAUUACAUUAGGAGGAUGCAGAAAGACUUACAGAGGUCACGAGAUCUUGAGAAUCAUUCUCGGCGCCUGGAAAUGGCCAACAAGCAGCUCUGGCUCCGCAUACAGGAGCUGGAGAUGCAGGCUCGAGUCCAUGGGCUACCAACCGCUUCACCUUCUGGCAUGAACAUAGCUGAAUUAGCUCAGCAGGUUGUGAAACAAGAAGCCUCUGGAGAGAAUGCCACAACAGAGAUCCAGCAGCAGCCACAACUCCAUCCUGAACAGGAGACUCAGCACCAGCCUCAUUUUGCCCCUCCGCCGUCCCCUUACCAUCAGCUGGACUUUACUCACAGCCUGAGCUUUGAUGACAACUCUAGAGGCUUCCAUGACCCUCUGGACCCCAGCCAAAAUGUCUCUUUCCCUUCCUUGUCCAAGAAGGAACUGGACUUGAUGCUAAUGGAGGAUACCAUGCUGCCAGUGGCAUCUGACCCCUUGUUCUCUGCUGUGUCCCCGGAAGCUUCAAAGGCUAGCAGUCGCAGAAGCAGCUUCAGCAUGGAGGACACAGAUAUGCUGUGAUUAGAAGCUUCUAUGGGACAAAAGACUCUGAGUCAAAUAUUGUUUGUGAAGAUUCGUCCCUCUGCCUUGAGUAGACUUACUCAAAGGGCAUAUGAGACUAAACAGAAAUGUGUCCUGAACAGAUUGUUUGUGUGUGCUGGUGGGGUUGGAGAUCUUCGGCACAAGGCUCACCCCAGUUCUUGGAAUGUUAAUCCCCAAGUUUCUCUUCUGCCCUGAUUUGCCAAAAAAACCCAAGCAGCCUUGCCUCAUCUGCCAUGACCACAGGAUAAUCAGGGUCUGGUUGCGACUCCUUCAUGGCCUGCAGGUGUAUCUCAGGAACCCUGUGCCUUCAUGCCACGUGUCCAGCAAAGCCACUUUCAGCAUUUUUGCAACAAUGUAUUUUUGGAGUUGAUGGCUGGUUGUUUGAAAAGCAGCUUUAACCAAGGCUUGGCACUAAUCUGUUUUUUUCUCACAGACUAGCGCAUCCUUUAAGUCUCACUGUGUUCCUCCUCACCUUCCUCUUUAAAUGCCGCCUUGUGAGAAAUUAUUCUUUCCGAAAGGUGGGAUUUAAGUUUGAUAAAUAAAGCUCCUGUUGCUAGGCUGAUGGGAGUAAUGGCCUGCUCCCAUAUUGGGACUCCUUUCCUUACACAGGGCAGGGAUAUCCAGUACACUCUGCAGGAGUGCUUAGCAGUGUGGCAUGAUGGGUGGUGAUUUUGCAUUGGUCUUUUGGAGAGAUGGAAGGGUAGCGUGAUAGGUCUUGCAGAGCUUUUGCUAAAGUUAGAAGCCCUAGUGGGAAAUGGCAGCCUUAAUUAACUCUUUGAGAUUAGAUGUCAAUGCAGACCGUAGUAGGAGACAUCCAAAGCUCCAUUUUUGGCUUGUGCUCCUCCUCCAUUUUUUCUUAAUCUGUCUGGCUGUCAUCCUAGACAGCUAUAUGUGCCUAAUGGGGGGUAUGUGCCCACCUGGAGGCAUGUCAAAAGUUUUUUUUUACUGCCACCAUUCACCUCGUAGAAUAGGUAAACUGCCUUUCCAUUUAAAUCCAUGACUGGCUGCAGUGAAAAAGGGGAAAAAAGGACGCUUGCAGAAUAUCUCCAGCUGCAUGUUUGCUUCUGUGCCACCCAUGUGUAUGGCAGUUCAGGACUAAGGUCCUGAACUGCCAUACACAUGGGUAGCACAGAGGUUUCCAUAUAAAGUACUGAGGACGUACCUCAUCAGUGUAGCUUGGAACAGCAGAAUCUUUGCUACAAAUGAAAACAUACAAAUUCAGUCCUGUCCCCAAGCCCUCCUUGUUGCUGAAAGGAGAUCCAGGAAUCCUCCUUUGCACCCAUUUAUUCAAACUUCUUCAGUUAUACUAGUGCAAACUCUAGUGUGGUUCUAAGGGCAGCAUCCUACAUAACUUGUUUUAAACAGAUUUUAAUAUUGUAUUUUUAAAUUGCUGUAGCCUGCCCUAGGACCUUAUGAUGAAAGGCAGGUAAGAAAUCAAAUUGAUAAUACUUAACAUACGUACGUACAUACAUAUAUGGCAAAUGUCUGUAUUUUGGAAUGUAUGUGAUGCUCUCCCACGCUACAUGUGCAAAUGUUUGUGUUGCUAUUUCCAGUAACAGUUACAAAGUAACACACCAUGAAAAGCAGCUACUUUUCUGUGCUUAGCAUAAAUUCAUGGUUUGCACAUUGACUUGUAUUUGUCUUGGGGAUCACCAAGCAUACUUCACUCCUUUCCCCAAGCAUUUCCUAUCCUGGACAUUCUUUUAUACAAUCCAAAAAGUUGGGGAGAUACUGCAGCAGAGAUCCUCCCUUUUUUCCUUUUGCCAAACCAAUGUUUGAAUUAGAAAUUUUAUCAAUUCUGAAA